GACCACGCGCAAAUUUCACAGCUUUGCCAAGCUCCUUCGUCACAAACUCGCCAUGGGUUCGCACGGCGACAACGGCGGCGGCGCUCACGUGCUCCUCCUGCCGUACCCAAGCCAGGGCCACGUCCACCCGAUGCUCCAGUUCGCCAAGCGCCUCGCCUUCCACGGCAUGCGCCCCACGCUCGCCAUCACCCGCCACAUCCUCGCCACCUGCGCGCCGCCCGACGGCGCCAGGGCGGUCCGCUUCGCCGCCGUCUCGGACGGCUGCGACGCCGCGGGGUUCGCCGAGUGUGACGGCGUAACGUCCUACCUGUCCCGCCUGGAGAAGGCCGGGGCGGAGACGCUGGGCGAGCUCCUCCGCGGCGAGGCCGCCGGGGGCCGGCCCGUGCGCGUGCUCGUCUACGACGCGUUCCUCCCGUGGGCGCGCGCCGUCGCGCGCCGCCACGGCGCCUCCGCCGCGGCGUUCUUCACGCAGCCGUGCGCCGUGAACGUGGUGUACGGCCACGCGUGGUGCGGCCGGGUGGGCGUCCCCGUGGAGGACGGCGCCACCGUGGCGCUGCCCGGGCUGCCGGCGCUGGAGCCGGAGGGCUUGCCGUGGUUCCUCAUGGUCGGCCCCGGCCCGUACCCGGCCUACUUCGAUCUGGUGAUGAAGCAGUUCGACGGGCUGGAGAUCGCCGACGACGUGCUCGUCAACUCCUUCUACGAGCUGGAACCCGAGGAGGCGGCGUACAUGGCGUCCGCGUGGCGCGCCAAGACGAUCGGCCCGACGGUGCCGGCCGCCUACCUCGGCGACGGCCGCAUGCCGGACGACACCAAGUACGGCUUCCACCUGUUCGACCUCACCACGGCGCCGUGCAUGGCGUGGCUGGACGCGCACCCGCCGCGCUCCGUGGUGUUCGUCUCCUUCGGCAGCCUCUCCAACCUCGACCCCGCCGAGAUGCGGGAGGUCGCGCUCGGCCUCCUCGACGCCGGCAGGCCGUUCCUCUGGGUGGUCCGGUCGUCGGAGUCCCACAAGCUGCCCGCCGGCUACGACGCCGCCUGCGCCGCGGCGCACGGGCUGGUGGUGUCCUGGUGCCCGCAGCUGGAGGUGCUGGCGCACGCCGCCGUCGGGUGCUUCCUGACGCACUGCGGCUGGAACUCGACGGCGGAGGCGCUGGUCGCCGGGGUGCCGAUGGUGGCGCUGCCGCAGUGGACGGACCAGCCGAUGAACGCCAAGUACGUGGAGUCCGUGUGGCGGGCCGGCGUCCGCGUGCGCCCGGCCGCCGCCGAGGGGCUCGCGCGGAGGGAGGAGGUGGCCGGCGGGAUCGAGGAGGUGAUGCGCGGCGAGAGGAGCGGCGAGUACCGGAGGAACGCCGCCGGGUGGAUGGAGAAGGCGAGGGCGGCGAGCCGGGAAGGCGGGAGCUCGGACCGGAACAUCGCCGAGUUCGUGGCCAAGUACGCGGCCAAGUGCAAGUGACGUGGCCGACAGCUUGUCACACGUGUUUGAAUAUGCGCACGUGGCGAACCAUUCAUGACAGGGACAUGGAUGGGAUCUGCACUUGCUUUCUGUCCAGAUUAGUAAUUUUAUGAUGGGUUAAUGCCUAUCCUAUAUAGUUAAAUUUUAAAAUAAAGGGAGUAGCAUAUAUACUAUUUAUCAGUAUCAGAAUAUAUGUAUUUCUACCU